AUGGCCAAUGUCUGUAGUCUGUACUCGGAAGUAAUCAACUAUGUUCAGCUGUCGAAAUCCGAGAAGAUAAUUUGCUGUGUUCCUGAAUGUGCUGCAGACAUCAUGAAGAACUGGAUCGCCUCCAGCUACGAACUACUGCGUUAUGUUGUUGAGGAUGGUGGGCCACAAACUACAGGUUUAAUUACCUCGGAUGCAACGUUGCCGACAGUGCCUCUCAAGGACCUACGAUCAGGCUCUCCUGUUGCAGAUACUUCCACCAAUAAACUGACUAACUCCCCCGCUGUUCUGACAGCAACGUCUGAGCCUUUGAAAACCCAUAGUUAUGGAUUUCAGUUUUCAAUGAACCUUUAA